UUGUAUUCACCUAGCAAUGUUGAAGGUUUUGUGUACAAUUUUCUUAAGUUUUCCUGUAGGGAUUCUCUGUCAAGCAUGGCACAACAAAGCCUGUUUAGAAAAUCAUUUAGGAUAUGUUGAGAGACUUGCUCAGGAAACGAUUUAUAAACUUGAGAUAGAUGUAAAAUUUUGCAACUUGAAAGUCGAUGACUUUAAUCAAACUAUAAACAAUCAAAUGUACUCGUGGCACGUAUCAGGCUCUGUUCAAUAUACAGAUAAUUUCCUGAUUUCCAUACAGAACGUACAUUUCGAUAAAGUUUCUUCAAUGGUCACUAGGAGAUUGGCGAAUGAAGUGCCAGAAUACCAGGCUGGUGUUUUGUUUACCUUAGUUUUCAACCACGCAAAAAUAGGAUUUAAUGCUUUGGUGAAAUUGGACAAUCAACCAGAACAAAGAUAUACGGUCGAUUAUUUGUAUGACUCGAUAUCUUUUCCUAUAUCGAUAACCCGACUUUUAAACACAAAUGAGACAACAUACACCUCGUCACGUGCGGGAUCUGUAGCGCGGCUUGAAAUGAUGAACUUUCUGCCUUCCACAAAUGUCAGUCAAGUUGUAAGAAGGAACUUUGAAAGUAGUUCCAUAAGUAGCUCAUUUACUAAAUGGGCCAGCCAAACUAUUUUGCCAAUAAUGCAAGAACUUGAAGACAUUAUAACAUUUCCUAAAAUAAGACUGGAUGGAUGCAAAUAAAGAAAACCUAAACUAUACAGAUCUUACAUAUAAACAUAUAUUACAUUGAAGGCAUAGUCUUUAAUUUACGACUGAUCAAUCUUACAAAAUAACUUGCCAUACUAUCAAUUACCACAAAUUUGAGCUUAGGUCUUACGAAAAGUUAUUGUGUCUCCUAAAGAAUUAAGUCUAGCAUUUAUCUUUUUAAACCUAUAAGUGUGCAGGAUAAUGUGUUGGUAACAUCAUUUAGUAACCUAAGGAAAUAAACUAACUUAUA